GCAUUGUGACUGCAUUUUUGAAUGAAUGGAAAAGUUGUCCAAAUUUGAUAUAUCAAUAUUCAUCAUGGUGUACUGGUGUGUUUGAAUUUUUGUAUCCAACUUGUUUUGCUUGAGGGAAUCAAAUUGUGGGGUUCUAAAAUGUAAACCUUGUUUGGUAAAGGAUGAAUUUUAAUUAUUUCAUGCAAAAUCAUAGACAGUGUGUAGUUAUUAUUAUUAUUAUUUGUGAUAAGACGGUCUAUGUAGAUUAAGGGUUAUUUCAAGCACUUCAGUGAGGAGAAGAGUUUGUUGCGAAUACCCUUGUGCUUUAAUUAUCUUGAUUUUUAUUGUUACAAAAGUAAUAGGAUUGUUAUUUUUUCAUUUAUGCUUUUGAUAUGUGUUCAGGAAUCUGAUGGAUAGAUACAAACGCUUGUUUAGAAGCUGGGCAAUUGAGGGAGAAGCAUCCAAAUUAUGAACUAAUACCAUGUCCCUGCUAAUACGCCUCUUGGAGAAUUUGUUGAUUUUAUUCAGUUACAGAGCGGGCUCAGCAUAAAGAAGCCUAUAUUUGUCUUUUUCAAGAACGCUAAAACCCCGACUGAGAACAGUCUCAAAUUGAAGAGGCAUCUAUGGCUGACUGUGUGCAAGGGAGAGAUGGCUACACAAUUGAAGAGGCUCCUGAGCUUUGAUGAUUGGAUUAUAGAGAAGCAAGAUCGAUCAUACAUAGAAGCUUUGGAAAAUGAAAAGCAAAAUCUCGUAUAUUACACUGAUGAUUCAGAAAAUGUGGUUGACGAUCUUGGUUUGAACAAUGUAUGCAUUGUUGGACGACUGGUGGAUCGGAAUCAGUGGAAAGGGAUCACCAUGAAGAAAGCAGAGGGGCAGGGCAUCCAAAAGGCAAAACUUAUCAUAGCCAACUACCUGAACAUGUCCUCUUCCCAGGUGCUACUACUCAAGUUUUUGGAAACAAGGAAUUGGAAGGAUUCUUUCUUCCAAGUUAUUCCCCAAAGAAAAAGAUGCCAAGCUGAUUCAGAGGAACCUCAAAAAGUAAAAGGGGAAGAAAUUGAAAGAGAAAGUGAAGAGAAAAUGCCUCUUGGGGAAUUUGUUGAUUUUAUACAGUUACAGAUUUGGCUCAGCAGAAAAAAGCCUAUAUUAAUCGUCUUUUUCAAGAACACUAAACCUCCCGCUGGUGCCUUGAUGUCAUCUGCAGCAGGUGCUGCAGCAGCUGGUGCUGAAGAAUCUGACAGCAAUAGCUCUGAUGACAACGAUGACAACAACGGCGAUGAUGACAUCAAUGUCAUCGGCGUCGAUGGUGAUGAUGACAUCAACAUCAUUGUCGUCGACAGCGAUGAUGAUGGAGGCGGAGGCGAUGAACCAGUUGGCGGUGGUGGAGGGGUUCCAGUUUACCGAAAUACGUAUGACAAUUCUUAUUUGGUACAAGAACUUGUUCUGGUGCAAUUCGACAGUGUGGCUGCAAUUGGGCAGCAAGUUAUGCUCUUGCUGGCGAACCAUCACCUUGAUGGUAUUAAUGAUCCCAACGAUGGGUUUGAGAUAGAUUAUAUCACCAAAAAUGGUAGGCUGUCUAGACAACAACUUGAGGCAUUUCCAUGGCCUCAAGUUGUUCAAAUGUUAGUCAAGAUAGUGGCAUUUGAUAGGUUUCUACCUAGGAUGGUAGGAGUUUGUCGAUUUACUCCAGACUCCAUACAUCAUUUUGUAGAUGAGGUUGAUCUUCGUACUUGUGAUGACAUGUCUGACUUGGAAGAUCAAGCUCGCGAUAUGCUGAAUCUUCACACCUUAAAUGGUUAUCCUGAUCCCCCCGAGUACAUGUUAGUGUAUGUUUGUGACGUGCCUUGGUUUCCGGGCAAGGUCUUCAAGACUAAAGAGCUCAUGGAGGUAGAAUGGUAUCGCAUAUUUCAGGGUUUAGUUAGGAUAAAUGCCUCUGAUAUUUUUCCUCUUCCGGAUGAUUCAGACGGUGAAGGUAGUUUGGUUGAGGAUAAGUAAACAUCUAUUUUAGUGAAAGUACAUAUCUGAUUUUGUUCCUGUUCCUGAUGAUUCAUCAUCUGACACUGGAGGUAGGUAGUGGUUAAGGAUUAGUAUUACAUAUAUCUGAUUUUGUUCCUUCCUGUACCUUAUGAUUCAUCCGACUCAGGAGAUGGUAAGGAUAUGGUACAUGAUUUUUAGACAUCGGGAUUUAGUGAAAUUGUUAUUGGUAUCGGAUCUGGAUUUUUACCUU